AUGUCCAAGAAAGCAGGCACUCCUGCUUACGCGCCGGUCUACGUGGAGAGCAAGCUCUUAAAGCUUGACGACGUGUCGGUCGCCCAUGAUUCCGGCCAUCGGGACGUCGAUGAGGAUCGUGUCCUGGAGUUGUAUGAGAAGGUGAUUUUGGCCGGUCGUUGGGGCCAGGCUUCGUUGUCCCGACCGAAGCUGAGGUAUGAUCCUGCUGGUCGUCCUAUGGCCGCAUCUGAUGGCCGGUCGAAGCUGGCAGAUGGCAAGCACUGUAUCGCAGCGUUGAAGAAAGCUGCUGAGACGGUCGCUCAGUCCGAUGAUGCAACGCAGCUCGAGUGGUACACAGGUGAGAUCAAGGACAUUCUGACGGUCGGAAUGCGUUUUGAUUGCAUCAAAUUCUCGGAUGAUGAUGAGGCGGCGGUCAAGCUCUUCUACACCAUGGCCCAUGAGCAGGAGGCCAACAAGUUGCGGACGACGUCGGUCGAGCACAAGAUCAAACUUGUGCGUGCUUAUGUCGCCAAAGACGCCGAGAACGCCAUGGUGGAAAUUUUGGGCAAGUCACGCCGGUCAACAAUCCACAACUGGUGCAAAGCGACUGCAGUGUUAAAAGAGCCGGUCCUGAUCAAGCUGAAGGAGAAGCCCGACCUGCCACAGGGACUUGUUUUCACGAACAAGUACUUCGUCGGUCAAGGAGAAGAGACACGCUUCCUCCUGGAACCCGAGCAGCAGAUUGCUGCUCUGCAGCUUUUCUAUGACUUCUGUGACGGUCGCGGGACGGUCUCUUCCAUACCGACCUUCAUGUCUGACUUUUGUGCCCCAAUGUUGAAGGCACAGUUGUGGUGUCAGUUGGUCAUGAAGAAGUACUCGUCGGUCGUGAGCCGCCUACCAGCGUAUGACCGCUGUCAGAAGAUGCUGUGGAGUGAGCGUGGACGGACGUGCAUGCGUCUUGGCGUCGGUCUGUCUGGUGACCCGAAGAUCGAGGGCAGUGGCAUCCCUGAGUGUGUGUCGGUCCUCCAAGGGUUGAAGAAUCUGGCCGCUGGUCGUGCAGUGGAUGAAGCCGAAAGUGCUGUGGAUGCGGCCAAAGCAACGGUCACAGAGCACAAGCUGGUCGUUGAGGGGGGAGACGACGAGUCUGGGAUCUUGGCUGACGACAUCACGAUGGAGGCCCCACUGGUGGAGAAGGAUCCUGUUCUUGAAAAAGCUGAGGAGCUCGGCUUGUCGGUCCGCUCCAACAUUCAUCUGUUUCAUGACAUGAAGACCUUUGGUGAUGGCUUCGUCGGUCUAUGCCGGGCGACGACCCGUGGCGGCAUUUACAUCGAUGAGGCCACGUCGAAGGCCAAGAUCAUUUUGGGGGACAUGGCAGAGUUGUGGAAGGUCGUCACGUCGGUCGUAGAUCGGCAAUACGUGUCCAUGGGCAUCUUCUGUGGAAAGCGCCACGACUUAGUGACGUUGGUCGUGACAGGGACGGUCGACCCUCCAUUGAAGCGCCUUCGAGUCAAAACCUUCUUGAAAAACUUAGAUCAGAGCCGGUCGCGAUGGAAGCAGAUGUCAAAAAAGGAGAAACAACCCUUUGUGGACGCGGCGGUCAAGGAUCACAGAAAGCACAACGCCCUCAAGAGGGAGCUCGCUCAUCCUCCAGUGGAAGUCGACUCGCCGGUCAGAGACCCGAAGCCUGAGGAUGAUAGUGACCAGCAGCCACCGGUCGAUGAGAACCUCGUCAAUGAAUUGAGGUUCUCCUUUGAAGGCAUGGCACUUUCCAGUCGGUCGACCCUGGGACAAGGCGCCCAUGGCACAGUUUACCGCUGUGAAAACUUGAUGGGAACGGAGUUCGCAGUGAAGUUGCCGGUCGGCAGCAGGGACGUGAAGAGGGAGCUAGACGUUCUCCUCAGUCUACGCCACCCAGCCAUCCUGCAUUGUUAUGGGCCAGUCAUGUCGGUCGACGGAGGUCUCGUGGGCCUUCUUUUGGAGUAUGUGCCGGUGACAUUGGACGCUUGGCUGAAGACGCAGCCCAAGGCCGCAAAGUGCCCACACAAAUGGCAUCUGAUGGUCGAUCUUGCACAUGGACUCCACCCGCUGGGCGACUUCGGCCUCACUGAGCCGGUCGGGACAGCUGUCUAUGGUGACGAGGUGUACUCUGCAGCGUACAGACCUCCGGAGCUUAGCGGGUCACAGGAACCCGGUCGUAGCUUUGCUGUAAGGGUGAGGUUGGCACCCACAGCUGAUCUUUGGGCGGUCGGGUGUCUCUUGUUUGCGAUCUUCACAACAUCGACACUGUGUCAUUUGUUUGUCACAGUGAAGGUGCUGUAUGACAUGUCCUUCAUCAAUUCCCGAAUUGAUAAGAACGUGCCGGUCGUCUCUGGCGCUCAAGAAGACAUAAGAGCUUUCUUGAAAAAGCUGCCGAACGAGCGACAGCAGCUGAGGCUUUUCAUUAUUGCUGCAGAGGCGUACGUCAUCACCUUCACUGCCGGUCCAGAACAGUCCCGGAAUCGUCGACCGACUUACAUGGUCUAUUCACAGUCGGAGUUGUCGGUCUCUGCGAAGGAGGUGGUGCCGAGCCAUGUGACUGUCAACAAAUGCCGGUCAUUUGCCUAUGAGAAGUUACAGAUGCGCUGCACCGACUACAAUUGCAAGCUCAGGCCGUGCAAACCCAUGACAGACAUGCCGGCCCAUCCCACAGAGGAGUUGCCGGUCAGUGACCAAGAGCAGCCAGAGGAUAGCAAGACGUUGGACACCACAGAGGAAGCCGGUCCUGACACACAGGCGGUCGAAGCGUCCGUCGACAAGAAGUAUCCUGUGGAUUUGUGGUUGGUGGCCAAAUGCUGGGAUCACCAUGCGUCGGUCGUGCGAGAAGUCUUCCGUGGUGAUCAGUGCAGGUGGAUGGCGGUCUCCACACGCACAGCCCAUCCUUCCAUCUUCGUUGGGGUCCAGUCGGUCGUCUCCACAGUCAUAGGAAUGCAUGUUAAGCUCAGGCACUCCAUGGCACAUGGCCGAGUCUUGCUCGACGACAUGUGCACCGCCCUGAAACUGGAUGAAGCUAGCCGGUCAUUGAACUUGAAGCGCAAGGUGACAGACAUCCCGUGUGUGCCGGUCUUUAACCCCUAUGCAGCAGAGGGCUCAGUGUUCAAGCUGUUGGAGAUUCCGGUCGAGAGCACCUGGCGAAAUGGUAUCAACAAGUCGGUUGCCAACUACAAUGACAUGGAGAAGAAAUGCAACGAUCUCACACAUGAGGAGCUGGUCAAGUAUGACCUGGGAUUGUCGGUCAUCGACGGUCAUGUUGCACUCAUCACGACUGUCCCUAAAAAGGAGGGGGACUUGAUAUGCACAUGCAGUGCUUUGCAUUUCGACAACAUGGCAAGCCUCUUGUCGGUCGUGAACUCCGACAAAGUGAACCUCGCCAAGAAUCCUGUGCUCAGGACGGACUGCGUCGGUUUGACAGAGGAUCGCUCCUCGUCGGUCUGGUCACUGUUAAUUGGGGCUGCUAGCCACGUCGCCCCGCUCAGUAAAGCCGCAAAGCGAGCAAACGCGGCCUUCAACUUUGACAUCAGCCAGGGCGCCUCUGACGGUCUCAUCGCAUUGGUCGUCAAGACACGGAAUGGGUGUGGCAUUGCUGCAAAGUCGGUCGUGUCGGUCGACCUGGGUCCAGACUAUGAUCCGUCACAAGCCACGCCGGUCGAGCUCGCUGCCAGCAAGAAGCAGUUCAUGGAUAAGUGGUUUCAGGAGCCUGUGAAUGAGCCGCCGGUCAAGGAAGAGACAACAGUGGAGCCAGCUGGCAAAAAACCCCGAACCUCAGAGGCCAAGGCCAAGCCUUCGCCGGUCGCACCGGCUCCGGUCACUCCGGCUCCCGCUACUGGUCCAGUGCCGGUCGACAAGCCAGCCCCGUCUGCUGCAGCUGAGACUUCGCCGCCGGUCGUCAAAGCUGAUGUAACAGCCCCGGAGCCGGAGCUGAACCCUGCGUCGGUCGCCAAUUUCAUCGUGGGUGAUGCCACGUUUCGCUUGGACUUGCAGAACUUGAGGAUCCUUUUGCCGGUCGGAACCUCCACCAACAAGAGGCUGCCUCCAGGCACAAUUGUGUACACUCUGGAUUGCAGCGCCGGUCGUUUCCGCAAAAACUCCAGUGCUGUCGGUCUGGAGUACAAGCUGACCUCUUCGAAGGACAAGGUCAUUGUCAAUGGGAAGCAAGUGACGGUCGCAGACGCGGUCGCCAGCCUCAAGUCGAACUCCGUUUGGGAGCACAUCCCGCCUUCCUUCACCCAAGGUUUCCUCCCAUCGGCCGGUCUGAAACCUAACCAGCAGAUGGUUUGGGUUCCAGGAGAUGACGCGUCGGUCGUGAUGGCCCAGCUCAACAAGGCCACGGAUGCUUCUUGGAGGUGGGUGAUGAAAAAUGGCAGCAAAGGGAGUCUCACGCCGGUCAAAGCUUGCCUAGUGAUCGACAAACAGCUGAUCAUUCCCGGCAAGCCGGGACAUCUCGGCUUGCUUGUCGGUCGCGAAGUCGGUCACUGA